AUUUAGUAGGAAAUUCAAGAAAAAAUGGUACUGUGAUUCCAUGAUAAUUAGUUAGGAAUUUUCAAUUUUUCAACUAUGAUAGUGGUUUUGUUGCUUGUCAUCUGCACAUCGACUUAUAUUAGAUAGAUGAAACCUGAUUUUAUAAAUUCACACAGACAUGGAUUCAGAGGUUUCUUUAGGAGAAGUGCUGUAAUAGGAGUAUUUGAACAAUUAUAUUAUAUCUAGGAUAGAUUAUCGCCAUUAGUAUCAGGUUUAUGUUUUAUUAUGGCUGCUUAUGUGAUGUUAAUAAGAUGAUUAAUUAAAACAUGUGUUAAAAUUAUGAAA